CGCAGACGCAAAUUGAGAGAGGGAGGAGAAUGGACAAGGGAUAGGCUAUACGUAACUAAAACCUCAGUUGUAGCAGCGAGGAUAAUCUACAACCUCCAGUAACAUCAAUAUGCAGGACCAGGCCUGAUAAGAGAAUAGCCUAUGGAUUAAAUACCACAUUUGGUUGACCAUUUUUUAUCAGCUGCAAUCAGUCUUUCGACGCUGUGUCCCUUGAUACAUUGUCGCAGCAGUUUCUAUUUUCAAGCAAUCAUUUUAGAAACAUUUUGCGCUACGACGACUGAUCGCAGCUCAGAUCCUACAAUUUAAACAUAAAUAAACGUUUUAGGCUAUUAUUUUGGCCACGAGCUGCAUCCACUCUUGUGGCAAUGUCGAAACCCCGGUGAGUAUAACCGUGGCUUGUAGUGGAGUUCUCUGUGGCUUCCGUAGCGACAGUACUGCCUGGUCUGAGACCUCUUUCCUGCGAUGUUCACACAAAUACAAGUUUCCUGAUAAUCAGACUGUUCUACCCAGACCAUAGCCACAAUUCUAAACCAAUCAAAUAAAAAGUGAGUGUGUUUACCAGGAGAGGAGACGAAUACGGCUUUACAGCAGCACAGCAACACAGUGAUCAUGUCUUCCAGGGAGCGUCGGUCAGACCUGUACAUCAAGGCAGAGCCCAGCAGUCCAGAGGGAGGUGGUGGGGGCCGGGCCAGCCCAGGGGGAGCCUCCUCAGACUCCUCCCAGAGUGGUGGAGGUGGGACAAGAGGAGACGGGGUUGGGCGCUACUCACCCCCUCUGUACACACCGGCCCUGCGGUGCCACUUCAAGGAGGAGGGUGGUGAUGGGGCGGAGGAGGGAUCCACAGGUAGCGGAGGAGGGCGGUGCAAGUAUGCCCUGAGCACACUACCCAAGAGACUGUGUUUAGUGUGUGGAGAUGUAGGAUCUGGCUACCACUACGGUGUAGCCUCGUGUGAAGCCUGCAAGGCCUUCUUCAAGAGAACCAUCCAGGGUAACAUCGAAUAUAGCUGUCCUGCGUCAAACGAAUGUGAGAUCACCAAGAGGCGCAGAAAGGCUUGCCAGGCGUGCCGCUUCACCAAGUGCCUUAAAGUAGGCAUGCUGAAAGAGGGAGUCCGUCUGGACCGGGUCAGAGGAGGGAGACAGAAGUAUAAAAGGCGUCCAGAGGUGGAGAAUGCGACCUACCAGAGUGCCCCUCUACCGCUUAGGAAGGAAGGGGAGAAAGGCUCCUCCAACAUCAUCGUGUCCCACCUCCUGGUGGCAGAGCCAGAGAAACUGUUUGCCAUGCCUGACCCCCUGCAGCCUGAUACGGCUCAGCGCACACUCACCACCCUCUGUGACCUCGCCGACCGCGAACUGGUCGUCAUCAUCGGUUGGGCCAAACACAUCCCCGGCUUCCUGUCGCUGUCCCUGGCAGACCAGAUGUCGGUGCUGCAGUCCGUGUGGUUGGAGGUGCUGGUGCUGGGUGUGGCCUUCCGCUCCCUGGGCUGUGAGGAUGAGGUAGUGUUCGCUGAGGACUUUGUCCUUGACGAGGAGAUGUCCCGCGUGGCUGGACUGACAGAGCUCAACGCAGCCAUCAGCCAGCUGGCCCGACGCUUCCGCUCCCUGCAGCUGGACCGGGAGGAGUUUGUCAUGCUCAAAGCCAUCGCACUCACCAACUCCGACUCUGUGUACAUAGAGGACAUGGAGGCAGUGCAGAAGCUGAGGGACCUCCUCCACCAGACCCUAUUGGAGAUGGAGUGCCAGCGACAUCCCGAGGACCCCCAGCGGGUGGGGCGCCUCCUCCUCACCCUCCCCCUCCUCCGCCAGACAGCUGGUCGCGCCCUCACCACCUUCUACAGCAUCAAGACCCGAGGUGGCGUGCCCAUGCACAAACUCUUCCUAGAGAUGCUGGAAGCCAUGAUGGACUCGCCCUAGAGAGAAGGGAGGAUGAGGAGAAGCCAAGGAGAGCGGAUGCAAGGGCACGAUGAGAGAUGGGCAAUCUGCAGAGUGAAUGGCUGGCUGCUGUGAACAGAGAGGUUUGUCUUAGAUUUUGACCAUGAAGAAUGUGGAGAUAAUCUCUGGCCUCUUCAGAGAUUCAAAAUGGUGUUAAAAAAAUGGAGAAAACAUGUAUACAUGUUGUAGAUGCCCUCAGUGGAGGUUGAUGGUGGAGUUUAACACCUUAAUACCUGACUGCCAAACUUCAUUGAAAGAGUCCAAGACAUAGUCAGUUUGAAUGUCAGAAUCAUAUUAGAUUUCCAGUAUCACUAAGGUUUUUCAUUUGUAGCACUGGGCUCAGACAUCAAUUCAAUGACUAUUCCAUGUUUGUUCAACGUAAUUUCAACCAGUGUGUGUGCCCAGUGGGUAAGCUUCACAUCAGAAACUACUGAAGAACUGCAGUUAGAUAUCUAAGACCAGACUGUAACCUUGUGGCUGAGUCUUGAUUGUGAAAAAUGCAAUAUCUCCCUCCACACAAAAGCCAUACUAAAAUACCAGGCAAAGAAACAACCAUUUACAAAGACUGCAGUAUAGGGUCAGACCAACCAUGCACCCAUAAGAGUAGUAGGUUAGUCUACAUACACAGACGCACAGUCUUACAAUUUACUCAUAGGAAUUACUUGCAAUAUUUUUAAAGCAAUACAAUACUUUACAUACAAAAGAAAAUAAUAGUGGUAACUGGUUAGGCAAUGACUGGCUAUACGUAUAGGCCUAUGUGGCAGGGUGGGUGUGGAAAAACAGCUUAUAAAAGGCUGUGCAAAUGGUUAUUAGUCCAAGAAAAGGGAAUAUGAUGAUUGUCAACAAAGUGUUGAAGUGUCGCUGUACUUGGAAGUUGUUUGGUUUUAUUUAUACUGUAAGUAGUCCCAAUAGGCAUACAAAAAAAUGAAUUAUGCGCAAGCCUUUGUGUGAGUGUAUGUGAGAGAGAGAAGGUGCGCUGUCAUUUUGCAGUGUUGGCACCACACUGAAGCGGCAAGAUCAGGGGAAAAAGGAACUGUUCUACGUUCUUGGUCAGCCUGGCCAUAACAGAGUGAAUAAAGAAGAUUGGGUCAGAGGGGAACUACAAUGGCUCCUGAGCAUGUUUUCAUUGGAUUCUUGAUUCUCCAGAUCUCUUCACUGGUCCUCUCCAACCCCUCUGAUUCAGAUGGAAUGUGCUGUUUAAAACCAUUAGUUUGAUUAACUGACUGCCGUUAUUAGUGAUCAAAUCGAUUUGGGGCUAAAAUUAGGAAUUUAAACUGUUUUUUUAAUAUAUAUAUAUAUAUAUAUGAGGUGUUGUUUCAGAGGAACAGUUUGCUUCUCCUCUUGCAGCCGCUGAAAGACUGAAGAAAGGGACUUCUGUUGUUUUGACCUGGAGGUCUUCGUACUGUGUAUGACCUUUGAACUGCAAGCCUAAUAGUGCCCAAAUGGGGUUUAGAGCAACAUGAAAUGCAACACAUUCAGCCUCAUAUGGGAAUCUACAGCCACUCUGACUGAGACCCUCGUUUUAAUCCUUCUCAUAGUUUCUAUUUGUCUGUUUACUCUGUUUUAUGGGCUUGAUUUGUGAACUACAUUUAUCUAUUCAGAGCUCUUACAGUUUCUGUAAGCUACAGUGUCUGUAAGCUACAGUGUCUGUAAGCUACAGUGUCUGUAAGCUACAGUGUCUGUAAGCUACAGUGUCUGUAAGCUACAGUGUCUGUAAGCUACCAGAAAUUGCAAAAUGUAAAGGGCCUGGACUGAUGGUCCUUUGGCCACUAGCUAAGGAAGAAUGUGAUUGUAAAUCAAUCAGAGCAGCAAAAUGCUAAUUCAAUCUACAAUGUCAUCUUCAUUUCUAGUAAUACAGCACCCAACAUGUAUGAUGUAGACUCUAAAUCAUACUUGUUGGGUGCUGUAUUACUAUAGAUAAGUUAUGACUGUGUAUUUUCACUGUUGAGAACUUUAAAGCAUGGUAAAAAAAAAGCUCAUGAGAGCUGAAUCCAGUAAAUGUGUUAGUCCCUGACAUGAAUGAUGGGAUAGAUUCAACUAAUUGCCACUGUUAAUUGAAAUUCAUACUUGAGUAUCUGUUUUUUCUACAGGAUUUUAAUCUUGAGUUUAGAUUGUUAAACUUGGAAAGUUUGGUACUGAAAUAAGACGGUUAAACUCUGAAAGUUUGGUACUGAAAUACCUGAAUAAGGCAAUCCAUUGUGAAUGUUGUGAAUGUUAUGUUUCAAAUUUAUUACUGAAAUAUAAAUUUUUUUCUGAUAAUGCAUUGAAGAAAACCCAUGUUCUUUAGUAUAUUAAUUCAACCAUGUUGAAUUAACAUACUCUCCUCUCAAUUACCCCACCUAGUUGUGAGAGGAGAUUUUGCAGUCUGGAAACUCCCAAACAAAUGUUUGAGAUUUAGUUCUGUUCUUCGUGGCUGUGGAUGUUUGCGUUUGAUGACCAUUUGUGGCUCCAUUAUUGUAAUUCAGGUUUUUAAAUUAAAAAGUAACACCAGGCGACAAUUGUUUCAACUCUGUACUAUAUCUUGCUGUCUGAUUUGUUAUGUGUUCUAUCAUCAUUUUUGUAUUUUGUUUCUCAAAGACUGAAUUUAAAAAAAAGUGUACAGUUUAAUAAAGUUAAUGUUUGUGUCAAUAUUAACUCUAAUAUAAUAAUACAAAGGUAGUGUUUUCAUAGGGAUACGCAAUAUGUAAUGCCACUUUGUCUGUCAUAUAUAGGUACGGUUGGUGGGGGGGAUUUAGACUAUCACAAUGUAGAGGAUGUAAAGUCAUUGCUAAUUGUUAGUAUGUUUGUGUACAUUGACGUAAAUGAGCAAUACAAGAAAUUACCAAAACUCAGUUUCACAUUUCCUUGUAUAGUCACAUAAUGUAAAUUAAACAUCAACAGUAAUAAAAAUAAUUAAUAGUAGUACUAAAGCUUAUAAUAUGGAAAAAUUCUAAUCGAUAUUUGUAUUUAAAAAAAUACUGUAUUUAAAAUAUUAAAUUCUAUUUUUCACUCAAUUUGCUGAUGUUUGUUAAUACUGGUUUAAUUCUUUGUGUGGGUUUUAGUCUAAUGGCUGUGAAUGUCUGUGUUUGUACUGUUUUUCAGUAAGCUACAAUGGUUCAUUUGAUGUGACUGUCUAAACAAAAUGUUCAUAAUUAAAUCACUGUGAAGACAAAUGCUACACUGCAGGAAACAAGGGGUCAAUUUAAAUAUUGUAGGUGCUUUGUGUUUUGUAAUAAAUUAGCAGACACCAUCACAUA